UUUGAAAUUACAGUUUUGUGUUUUGAUUUUGAAUUUGCAGAUGUGGUAUAUUUUAGCGUAAAAUUGAAUAAAAAAUAAAGUCCUACCUUUUGUAAAGUAACGUUAUGUCUAUAUAGAUGUAUUUUUGUUUAAGAUAUAUUACUAGUGCUAAGUAAAACAGUUGAGUAAUAUUAAAAUAUGGACGAACCAACCUUACGCUAUGAAAAAAUCGACUUUCUUGGAGAAGGCCAGUUUGCAACAGUGUACAAAGCUAGAGAUGUCAAAACUGAUAAAAUAGUUGCUGUAAAGAAGAUAAAAAUAGGGUCUCGUUUAGAGGCUCAAGAUGGAAUCAACAGGACAGCUUUAAGAGAAAUUAAGUUGCUGCAAGAACUACAACAUAUUAACUUGAUCGGACUUUUAGAUGUAUUUGGACAAAAAUCAAAUGUUUCUUUAGUAUUUGAUUUUAUGGACACUGACUUAGAAAUAAUUGUGAAGGACAACAAUAUUGUACUUACCCCUGCUAAUGUUAAGGCAUACAUGAUUAUGACUUUAAAAGGUUUAGAAUAUUUACACCAAAACUGGAUAUUGCACAGAGACUUAAAACCAAAUAACUUGCUAAUAAAUAGAGAGGGAAUACUGAAAAUUGGAGAUUUCGGGCUCGCCAAAGCAUUUGGAUCUCCCACUAGAAUAAAUACCCAUCAAGUUGUAACAAGGUGGUAUAGAUCUCCAGAGUUAUUAUUUGGAGCCAGGCAGUAUGGGACAGGAGUUGACAUGUGGGCUAUUGGUUGCAUACUGGCAGAACUUCUUUUGAGAGUCCCUUUUCUGCCAGGAGAAUCUGAUUUGGAUCAGUUGACACGCAUUUUUCAAGUAUUUGGCACACCCACAGAAGAGAUUUGGCCUGGUAUGAAAAGUUUAACGGACUACGUCCAGUUCAAGCAGUUUCCUCCCCAGCAACUGCGGCAUAUAUUCACCGCGGCUUCCGAUGACCUCCUGCAACUUCUGGACAGCCUCCUCUCUCUCUACCCGCCCAAGAGGUGUGACUGCACGCAAGCGCUACAGAUGCCAUAUUUUAGUAAUAAACCAGCACCCACAAUGGGUUCAAAAUUACCGAUGCCUUCCAGCAUAACAAGAAUGGAGGCGGAGAAACCAUCGCUCAAAAGGAAACUUCUGGAAAACAUUGAUGGAGGCUCCUUAGCAAAGAGACUACAAUUCUAGUUAUAAUUACUGUUUAGGCUGUUAUAAAACACGCCAAAACUUAGUACAAUGUCAAGUGCAAUCAUGGACACGAACUAGGUUUGUAUGUAGUAUGUGUAUGAUAUGAAGAUUCACGCAGAACACAGAUUUCUGAUCAGCCAAUGAGUUCACAUUGUUAUAUUAAAUGCAUCUUAAAAACGCACUUUCAUGGAUCCUACAUAAGUGUGAAUUAAGGACGUGACAGCGCUUAUGUCUGGUAUUAACUAUUUUUAGAACCCAUAGUUGCUAACUCUGAGCAAUGAAACGUACAAAACUUGGAUACAGAGAAGGUGAUGUAUCAAUCUCUUGACAUUUAAAAGAGAUCUGUGACCUGUGGAAGUCCUUAAUGAAUUUGUUGUGUAGAUUUUGAUAUGAAUGCCUCAACAGGUUGUAGCAUAAAGUAGGACUUAUAUUCAGAAACUUGUUUAAUUAAAAGUUAAAUUUAUA